CGCGGGUGUCGGGUGGGUGUCGGGGCUGGAAUGAUGACGUCAAUAUCGGAGGCCAACCAACCCCAAACUUCAAACUUCGCAGUGGCCAAGUUCACCACACUGUAGACCGAUGACCAGAUAGUACCAUCGAGUACAUCAUGAACGAUCUUGACAGUCCAUCGACCAUGCCGGGAUAUCUCCCGAUAGGCGAGCCAGAACCAGACCAACAAGUAGCAGAGCAAUCCGCAGAUGUGAUGGGCAAACCGUUGUCUUGUGGUGGCACAUCCAUGAUUGUCCCGGCGGCACAUGGAGCACUAGCGAUUGCCUCCUUCGCCACUCGAUUCGGCUUCACCGUCGCCCAAAAAUCCGUCCAAUUUGGGCUCGCGAUCCCACAGACGAUCAUCUCCAACGUGCUACCCAGCCAGCUCAAACCGCUCUCCAUCGCCAUCCAAGCCAGCUUGAGCUUCGCCGAGUACUCCACCCUCACCGCCUUGCAACUCGCCCAAGGGAUCUCUUCUACCGGCUUGGAUCUUGCCGCUUAUUCGGUCACCGAGCUCGAUGCUCUCAUCAGAUCUUAUCAAACACUCAAUCCCUCUUUACCUUCCCUCGACGCCCUCAAACUUAUCGUCGUCCUCCUCCGUCAACAGUGGCUCAAAAUAUCUCCUCAUGCUUCCGAUCUCCCCCCUGGCUAUGAUAACUCCACCCAACCCUUCCAGUUCUUUCAAGUCCUCCGAGCGCUCUCAACUUGGGCUUUAAUCCAACAACUCACUCAACAUGUCGAAGAUCGCCUCUUCUCUUCGUUUCUGAUUCCUAUUCAAAACUCUCCAUCAGGCGAUCAAAAAAAUGAGCAAUUCGAACUCGGAUUCGAAGAAGAUGAUGAUGAUGGUCAGGAAGGCCAUCCAGAAGUCGUCAAACAAAAAUUCAAAAGAUAUAUCGACCUUUGUCUUAGUAGUUACGGCGGAUUAGGUCAUCUCCUCUUCAGUUCUGAAAGCAAACCAUCCCCCUCACCAAACGGAUCUGAUCCUAAGCCUUCUUCAUCGUCAUCUGAGCCGGGAAAAGCUCCUCCAUCUACGUACGAAACGUGGAACCUUUUGUUAGGAAAGCAUGAUGAAGAUUUAAUCAGACGACAUGGUGAAUUAUUUGAGGAUAAAGAUGUACCAGAAGCAUUGAAUGAAGCGGAUAAAAAGAUCGCAGAAGAGUUGAAAGAUCUAUUACCCAUGGAACUCAGAAAGGGACAAGAUGAGGUGAAAAACAAGAAGGAGAUGAAUGAAUUGAUGAACCAGAUCGGUUCUCUUAGUGUUGUAACCGAGGCGCAGGAAGGGGGAAAAGAAUCGAGACCAAACCUCAGUGGGUUGGAUCAGGAGAAAACGAUGAGGGAAGAUGGAGUGUUCGAGUUGGCCAGUGGAGACGUUCUACCGGCUUCCCUUGACUCUUCUCUCCCAGAAAACUCCACAGCAGAAGAAAAAGAGAAUCAUCCGUCCUCGACAGCAGCCACAUCCCCUGAUUGUCAACCCCCUCGAUACUUCAUCCUGGUCGAUAGAGUCCAUCGUUCCGUUAUCGUUUGUCUCAGAGGCACGUUCUCCUUGAACGAUCUCUCGACUGACCUUACUUGCGAUCUCCAAACCUUCGAUCCUCUCUUGUUUUGGGACGACUUUCCUGGAUCGGUUGUUGAUACUCAAAACGAUUCAGCAACAGAAGAAGAAGAAGAUUCGACAAAUGAGAAGAAGAACCAGAACUUCAAAGUACACCAAGGAUUCUACGAAGUCUCGAAAAAACUCAUCGGCUUCCCAAACAACAGUCCACCACCAUCCGCCCAACAACAGCAACCACAACCGACCAAGUUUAUGGCUUCCCUUCGUAACGCUUUAGAAAAGUUAGACUCGGAUGAAAAUGUCCCGUUGAACGAUGGUAUUCAGAGGCAGCAAAAGAAGAACAAAAGAAUCGAGUUUGUCGGGCACUCUUUGGGUGCUGGAGUCGCUGUCUUGUUGAGCUUGAUGCUGGCUGAUCCUAGAACUGGACUUAGUACGAGACGAAGUGGGUUGCCUGAAGGUACAUCUAUUAGGACUUAUGCGAUUUGUCCACCAUGUACGAGCUCGAAAGGAUUAACAGAACUGAGUCGAAAGAUGAUCAAAACACUAAUCCAUUCGAACGAUUUCAUCCCAAGAUUAUCGAUGGACCAUGUCAUGAACUUGAAAACCAUGAUCAUCUGGAUCGAUUAUUUCGAGAAUAAUCCCGCCCUGCUUCCGUCUUUAGUGUCUACUCAUAAAAAUUCGGACGGGAUUUGGAAAAACUUGUUGCAGGUUUAUACUAGAUUGAGGAUCUUUCAAUCUCAAAAUAACCAAAACACUCAAAAUCAAAAUCAGGAUGAUCAUCAAAGAUUGGAUGCUUCUAAACAAGCCUUGUUGGAAGAUGAGGUUUGGUUGAUCGAGAUGAAGAAUCUAUUAGAAUCGAAGAUCCAAAAAGAACAUCAAAUGGAUGUCCUCUUGCCCACUGGAAUGAUAUAUUGGAUGGUCAAAGACGAUCUGUUUAUAGUUCCUAAACAUAAAGCUCAAGAUAUCUUUAAUCGAAUUAAAUUCGAUAUCAGUAUGGUUAAAGAUCAUCUUAUCCAUCAAGUCAAACAUGAAUUCAACAAAUUCUGUCAUUGAUCCAACUCUUUUCCGCUUUCCUUUUCUCAAGUCCAUACACAGCCAAGCAAAUGCGCAUCCCGUAAUAUGUAGCUUACUGUUUUCCAGUCCUUAUCAUAUUUGCUUUAUUAUAUAAUUUGUUUUGGGUGUAUUUUCUGUACGUUAUGAUAUUUGUUUUUUUAGCUUUGUUUUUGGAAAGAUGUCAGGCGAAAGCACGAUCA